ACAAAUUGAUCACCAAAAUCCACCGGUAAUGUAGUUGAAUCCUCCGCCCCCCUCUUUCGAUACAUUCAAGAAACAAACCCAUUCCCAUAAAACACAACAAACCAACCUUAACCUUUCUUUUCCCUUACAAACCACAUUUGUUUUCUCCAAAUUGUUCCCAAAAAAAUGUCUCAUCUCCUUCAAUCCACAUUCAUUCCCACAACACCUACAACACUUCAUCGUUCUUUAAUCUUUCCUACAACUCAUUUGCGUAAAACCCAUGUUGUUGAAUCCAAGAUCCGUGAGAUUUUCAUGCCAGCACUUAGUUCUACUAUGACUGAAGGCAAGAUUAUAAGUUGGGUUAAAACUGAAGGUGAUAAAUUAGCUAAAGGUGAAUCAGUUGUUGUUGUUGAGUCAGAUAAAGCUGAUAUGGAUGUUGAGUCUUUUUAUGAUGGUUAUCUUGCUACUAUUAUUGUACCUGAAGGUAAUUCUGCACCUGUUGGUUCACCAAUUGCACUUUUAGCUGAAUCUGAAGAUGAAAUUUCACUUGCCAAAUCAACCCCAACAACAGCCACUACUUCCAGUUCCAGUCAAGAAAUGACUGGAACUCAGGCUGCUGCUGCUAAUGUAACCGAAGAGGCUGCUUCGGUUACUCCAGUAGCAGCAGCAGCCGCAGUUUUGUCCUCUUCUGGGGGGCUGGUGAAAAUGGGGUCGUCCAUUCACCCGGCUUCAGAAGGGGGAAAGAGAGUGGUGGCGUCGCCAUAUGCUAAGAAACUUGCUAAAGAAUUUGGAUUGGAUUUGAGGGGAUUGGUUGGGAGUGGGCCUAAUGGGAGGAUUGUAGCAAAGGAUGUUGAAGCAGCAGCUAGUUCUGCUCCGGUGGCUGCAGUGGGGGCCACUGCGGCGAAACCACCACCAGCAGCUCCGGGAGUAGAAUUGGGGAUGACUGUGCCAUUUACGACAAUGCAGAAUGCAGUGAGUAGAAAUAUGGUGGAGAGUUUGGCAGUUCCAACUUUUAGAGUGGGGUAUACUAUUACUACUAAUGCCCUUGAUGCUCUCUACAAGAAGGUCAAGUCAAAAGGAGUGACGAUGACAGCAUUGUUGGCAAAAGCCACAGCACUCGCAUUGGCGAAACAUCCAGUUGUGAACUCUAGUUGUAGAGAUGGGAAGAGUUUCACAUAUAACAGCAGUAUUAACAUUGCUGUUGCAGUGGCCAUCGAUGGUGGUUUGAUUACUCCUGUACUUCAGGAUGCUGAUAAGGUUGAUUUAUACUCAUUGUCAAGGAAAUGGAAAGAGUUGGUUGAUAAGGCCCGGGCUAAGCAACUCCAACCCCAUGAAUACACAACAGGCACUUUUACUCUAUCUAACCUUGGGAUGUUUGGAGUUGACCGCUUUGAUGCCAUCUUACCGCCAGGAACUGGUGCAAUUAUGGCUGUAGGAGCAUCUCAACCCGCACUUGUUGGCACCAAGGAUGGUCGAAUUGGCAUGAAAAACCAAAUGCAGGUCAAUGUCACUGCUGAUCAUCGGGUAAUAUAUGGUGCUGAUUUGGCUUCUUUCCUGCAAACCUUAGCACGGAUAGUUGAGGACCCUAAAGACCUUACUCUUUAGGCUCUCGUCCUCAUUGUGGCAGAUUUAGAGGUUUUGUAGUGUAAUUUGCUUGAGUUUCAGCCAGGAGUGAACAGAAACCAGAGCAUCAUCUUAGUCAUAAUUCAGAAGAUCAAUGGGAAUGGAUGAUUAGGUCAUUUAUUUGCUUGGUUAGUCUUUUUCUUUUUGUUGAAGUGUAAACUCAUAAGGACAUUUUUCAUGGCUGCCAUAAUUUAUAGCCUGAUGAUGAGCUUUUUGUUUCACAUGUUGCAAAGAAUGUUGAAACUUCCAAUUGAUUCUAAAUUAAAGAGUGUUUGGCAAUUUCAGUU